AUGGCUUUUAUGCUCUUGACGCAGACACUGCGGCGAUUCCUGUCAGUUGAAACCAUUAGCAGAGAUGCUCAAGGACAAUUUAUCUCUGGUGGGCUAACUGGGAUUGUGGAACUCCUUGGUGAUGGUACGGUCCUCAAAUCGCCAUUUCCUGACGCUGAAAUGGAAAACCACAUCCUGGACAUUGCCAAAGAAGCCAGUAUCUAUCAUCGCGUUGGCCCACAUGAAAGGCUGGUACGGAUAUUGGGUCACUCCAGGGACGGCCUCAUUCUUGAGUACAUGAAAAACGGUGAUCUCAAAACAUAUAUUCAAACUCAAAGCUCGAUUCCGAUGAGCCUGAAGUUGAAGUGGGCAUACCAAAUUGCGGAAGCCGUCUCUCUCCUGCAUAGUAACGGCAUAAUCCACUGCGACAUCAAACCGCGAAAUUUCCUCUUGGACGCGGCUCUCAAUAUCAAAAUUAUUGACUUCUCUGGCUCUUCGCUAGACGGAUCCAAACCGGCCUCUGGUGAGGGAACUCGAUUCUAUCUUCCGCGGCAUUGGAGAGAACCACCUACUGUGGCUACGGAUCUGUUUGCACUCGGGUCGACUCUUUACGAGGUUUUUCAAGAAACCAGCCCCUACGAGGAGAUCCCUAGCGAUCAAGUGGAAGUACUUUUCAAGAGAAAGGAGUUCCCUAAUGUUUCUGCUAUUCCAUGCGGAAAGAUCAUCAAGCAGUGUUGGUUGUCCCAAGUCGAUUCAGCCGAACAGGUGCAGGCUUUCAUCCGAGAUACAAUUCACAGCAAGCUCAACGCCGACUGUACCCCUCAUCUCGAUGGUUUGGACAUUGCUCAGGGUAUAGAUCGACCAGUUUUGCGCCAUAGCCCUUGA